AUGUACUUCCCUUUCCCCUUACUUGUGAUCUUCCUCACCCUCGGCGAUCUCCCAGUCACCUUUGGUGUCAAUCUCCACCAAUACACUCGUCCUCGCUGCUACGGCAAUCGUGCCUGGUGCAACAAUAUUGGAUCCCGGGUAUGCUGCCAGGCACGCAACCGUGUCUUUGCCUCGGGCAGCUGCCAGGGAUGUACCAGCACCGACUUCCACACCACCUGGAACCGAGUCGGCAAUAACUAUUGCGGACGCGCCGCGGCGUCGACUAACGGAGGCCGGUGUAUCAGUGGCGGUUCCAACCUCCGAGGCCACACCUGGUGUCGUCUUUGCAGGACUCGAGUGGAAGCUGAGGAGGCUCCCUGCGCGGAAACAGUGGAGCCUGACGUUUUGGAGAUUGGAGGCCGCAUGUUCUACCUCAAUGAGAGCGUGCCGAAGGAUCAUCGGGACCGGCUUUGGCAGCUAUGGGGUGAUGAGGUGCCCGUGGAGGACGUCCUGUCGGAGCUGAUGCAGUACGCGUAG